AUGGCGCCUAGUAUUUCCAAGCCCGCUCACAAGGGCGCAUCCUCUGGAGGCGCAAAGGGCGCAAAGGGCUCCAAGCCUCUGGGAUCUGCCUCGCGUGUCAACAAGAAGAAUGCUCCCAAGCGUCCCCCGCCAACGGAAAUGAAGUCCAAGCCUCGGACUAUGCAGUCAAACAUGCAGAAGAAGAAAAAGAGGGUAUACACUGAGAAAGAACUUGAUCUGCCCGAGUUGAACGCCAUCACACCCGUCGGAGUUGUGAAGCCCAAGGGGAAGAAGAAGGGCAAGACUUUUGUCGAUGAUCAGGAGGGCAUGAUGACCAUCCUCGCCAUGGUAAACGCCGAAAAGGAAGGCCAGAUCGAGUCAAAGAUGAUGAAGGCCCGGCAAUUAGAAGAGAUCCGCGAAGCCAAGAGAAAGGAGACCGAGGCCCGCAUUGCAGAGAAGAAGAACAAGCUCGAGAACGUCAAGGAUUCAAUCCGGAACAAGAAGAAGGGCAAGAACGCCGACAAGGCGGAGUCCUCCACGAGUGUCGCCAAAACGGCCAAAGGAAAGAAGAAGAGCGUUGCAUUUGCUUAA